UGAGUGGUGGGGCUGUUGACCUGUUGGGCGGCGAGACUUAAGGUGCAGCUGGUUUGCAAAGGCAGCCUUUAGCAGCGAAGUACAGCGUGGGCAUUUGCGUACAUUUACCAACAUACAGAUCUCAUUUCCAAGAAGCAAAGAGGGUUAACUUGAAACACAAGGCUGCAAAUGACUUCAUUGUUGUCCGCGCUUGGGAGGAGAGCGAGCGCAGGUACGCCGCUGGGCCGCCCUGCGCCUGGCGGCUCCACGCUUCCGGCCGUGGCGCCCGCAGCUGCGGCCUCGCCCGCCCUUCCUCGCCGGACCUGCUGCCCCACCGCCGCCCUCAGCACCACCGCCAGCAGUGCCUGCGGCGCGGCCCCCGGCAUCUCGGCAGAGCCCCUGCCGCAACUCGCCAGCUGCCCCAGCCGCAUCAGCAGCAGCCGCAGUGGCGGGCGGCGGUCGCGUGUGCUGCUGGCGGCGCCGCCUCGCUCCACCGGCAAUGGCCAGGUGGGGCCGCCGCAGCACCGCAAGGGGGUGGUGGCGCCGGGCGCGGGGGCGGGCGCCGCUGCCGCGUCUGCCGCCGCGCCGGCCGCUGCUGUGGCCGCUGCUGUGGAUGAGGAGGUGGCGGAUGAUGAUGAGGACGUGUUGAUGGAUGAGGACGAGGCGGGGCAGCAGCUGGCCCCCUUCAUGGACGCAGUGGUCAAGGUGUACUGCAUGCACACGGAGCCCAACUACUCCCUGCCCUGGCAGCGCAAGCGGCAGUACAGCAGCAGCAGCAGCGGCUUCGUGGUGUCGCACGGCGGCCGCAACUGGCUGCUCACCAACGCACACUCGGUGGACUACCACACACAGGUCAAGGUGAAGCGGCGCGGCGACGACCGCAAGUUCCUGGCGCGGGUCAUCAGCGUGGGCGUGGACUGCGACAUCGCGGCCCUGCAGGUGGACGACCCGGACUUCUGGGCGCCGCAGUCUCCGGACUCUCCGCCUCCGCCUGUGCUGGAGCUGGGCCCCCUGCCCCGGCUGCAGGAUGGCGUGGCCGUGGUGGGCUACCCCAUUGGCGGCGACACCAUCAGCGUCACCGCGGGCGUGGUGAGCCGCAUCGAGGUGACGGACUACAGCCACGGCAGCACCGACCUACUGGCCAUACAGAUCGACGCCGCCAUCAACGGCGGCAACAGCGGCGGCCCCGUGUUCAACAGGGCCUGCCAGUGCGUGGGCAUCGCGUUCCAGGCGCUGGUGGGCAGUGACGUGGAGAACGUGGGCUACGUCAUCCCCACCCCCGUGGUGGCCCACUUCCUGGACGACUACACCCGCACAGGCGGCUUCAGCGGAUUCCCGCAGCUGGGCAUACAGUGGCAGCGCAUGGAGAGCGAGGCGCUGCGGAGGGCGUACGGCAUGACCGCGGCGGCGGCGGGGGCGCCUCAUGCGCUGCUGCCCCACUUCACUCCCUACCGUCGUCCCGUUCCACCCCACUCCCCGCCCGCUACCCCUGACCUGCGUGAGAGCUACCUGCCCGCCUUCCGCGCCUGUGUGGUGGAGGGCCGCGCGCACAGCGUCAUGUGUGCAUACAACAAGGUCAACGGCGUGCCCGCCUGCGCGCACCCGCACCUGCUGCGCGCCACGCUCAACGACAGCUGGGGAUUCGGGUCGGACCCAGCCAACUUCGUGGUGAGCGACUGCGGCGCCGUGUCCGACCUGGCGCUCACACACGGCUGGAACACCUCCCUGGCGGCGGCGGCGGCGGAGGCGCUGACGGCGGGCGGCCUGUCGCUGUUCUGUGACAACGCCGCGGCCGCCGCGGUGCCCCAGGCUGUGGCCUCGGGCCUGCUGGCUCCGGCGGUGCUGCGGGCGGCGGUGCGGCGUAUGCUGCUGGCGCGGUGCCGGCUGGGCAUACUGGGGGCGGCGCAACCCAACACAACCAACACCACAGACAGCAGCAGCAGCACACAGCUGGAUACGUCGGAGGCACCAGCAGGCGCGAGCAGCACCAGUGCCGACGGAACACUGUCGCAGGCAGAGGCAGCCGUGGACAGGAGCGGCAACAGCGGCAGUGGCGGCGGCAGUGGCAGUGGCAGUGGCGGUGGCAGUGGCAGUAGCAGUGGCAGUGGCAGUGGCAGUGGCGGUGGCAGUGGCAGUAGCAGUGGCAGUGGCAGUGGCAGUGGCAGUGGCCGGCCGGACGUCCAGGCCCUCUCCCGCUCCCACGCCCACACGCGGCUGGCGUACGAGGCCGCCCUGCGCUCCAUCACCCUGCUGGUCAACAGGCCGCCACCCGGCGGCUCGGGGGGGCGGCCGCUGCUGCCGCUGCAGCUGCCGCCGCCGCCUCCAGCCCCCGCCAACACCACUGACAACACCACCGCCGCCCCGGGUCCGCUGCUGGCACUGCUGGGCCCCCAUGCGGACGGAGCUCUGUACUACCUGGGGACGUACUACGGCACACCGUCACACCCGGUGGUGACGCCGCUGGCCGCGCUGCGUGAGGCUCUGGGCCCUGCGGCGGUGAGCCACACGCCCUGCCUCACAGGGGUGGGGCUGGAGCCCAGCGACGGCCUGCACACCUGCACACAGGCGGCGGCGGCGGCGCAGGUGGCGGCGGUGGUGUUCGUGGGCGGCUCCUCCCGCAACUUCGCGUGCGGCGACCAGCAGUGCACCACCAUCACGCCCGUGUCCGAGUCCGAGGGGCUGGACCGCGGCUCAUUGAGGCUGCCCGGACUGCAGGAGGAGCUGGUGCGGGCGGUGGCUCGCUCGGGUGUGCCGGUGGUGGUGGUGGCGGUGGCGGGGGGGCCGCUGGACCUGAGCCCGCUGCUGGGGCUGCAGGGGGUGGCGGCGGUGCUAGCGGCGCCGUACGGGGGGCAGCAGGCCGGCUACGCGCUGGCCAGUGUGCUGCUGGGCACCUCCUCCCCCAGUGGCCGCCUGCCCGCCACCUGGCUGUACGACUGGUACACGCAUCUGUCCGACCCCACCUCCAUGGCCAUGAGGGCCUGGCCCGGCCGCACAUACAGAUACCUGCAGGAGGAGCUGGUGCGGGCGGUGGCUCGCUCGGGUGUGCCGGUGGUGGUGGUGGCGGUGGCGGGGGGGCCGCUGGACCUGAGCCCGCUGCUGGGGCUGCAGGGGGUGGCGGCGGUGCUAGCGGCGCCGUACGGGGGGCAGCAGGGGGGUUACCCGCUGGCCAGUGUGCUGCUGGGCACCUCCUCCCCCAGUGGCCGCCUGCCCGCCACCUGGCUGUACACGCAUCUGUCCGACCCCACCUCCAUGGCCAUGAGGGCCUGGCCCGGCCGCACAUACAGAUACCUGCAGGUCCCCGUGCUGUUCCCCUUUGGCUUCGGUCUGUCGUACACACACUUCCACACCACCGACAUGCGCGCCAGCCCCUGGGACUGCCGCACCAGGGGCGACACCGGCGCAGGUACGGCGGCUGAGGGGCGGCGGCGGCGGCAGGCGGCGCCCAGAGGAGCCGGCGGCGGCGGCGGCGAGGAGGAGCUGUGCUUCCGUGUGGAGGUAGACGUGGUGAACGCCGGCCGCCGCGCCUCCGGCCACGCCGUGCUGCUCAGCCUGCGCCGCAGCCCGCAGCCGCCCGGGGCCGCACCGGCGGCAGGCGGCACACGCACAGGGGCCGGCGGCGGCAGCGGCAGCGGCGGCGGCGGCGCCCGGAGUGACUCGGGUGAUGCCGGUGGUGGGGGGGCCAGCGGUGGCGCAGGAGGACGGGUGCUGGCGGCUGCGGGAGUGGGUGGUGUUGCUGCGGCCGCCGCAUCCGGGGGGGAGCCGGGUGCGGGGCGGGCGCAUAGCGGGUGUCGGCCGUGCGCCGAGGUUCUUCAGCAGCAGCAGCCGUGGCGGGCGCAGCGGCAGCAGGAGCAGGGCCAGAGGGACGGGCCGCAGGACGGGGAGGAGGAGUCGGAGGAAGAGGAGGAGGGUGGGGAGUUCGCCGAGUGGGGCGGGGAGCGGUACGGCCACCCUGACACGCUGGCGGCACACACCGCCGCCUACCACCGCAUCAUGGCGGACAGACUGGAGCGGCCACAGGGGCAACAGCGGCCACAGGCGCAGCAGGGGCAGCAGGGGCGGGGGGCGAGGGGCGGGAGUGGGGCACGUGGCAGCGCCUCCGCUGCCGGAGCGGGCUCCCACUCGGACGGCGGUGGAGGGGACGAGCUCGAUGGUCAGGUCGAUGGCGUCGACGACGACCCGCCGCCGGUUCGCGAGCUGGUGGCGUUCGGGCGGCUUGAGGACGUGUCGCCCGGGGAGGUCCGCACACUGGUGCUGCAGGUGCGGCUGCCGGCGGCUGGGCUGGAGGUGGAGGUGGAGGCGGAGGCGGAGGUGGAGGCGGAGGCGGAGGUGGAGGCGGAGGAGGAGCAGCAGGCGGGCCGGCAAGGCGGCGGCCCCCGCCGCAGGGCACACCGCCGCUACGUCGCACACUUGCAGGCCGGCGCGCUCUGCUGCCCGCUGCCGCGUCCGGCCGCGUCACGGCGCUGAGGGGCGUUGAGCUGUCCCGCACAAGUCCCCACUGGAAGGCAGCUGAGCCGCAUGGAUGGGCGCGUGUGGGAGCAUGAGAGGCGGUCUGACGCGGCCGGGGCAGGGGUGGUGUGUGCCACUGCCCUCGUCCUCAGAUGUGGGAAACUCCGGGGCUUUGCCACCGUGUAGAGGGGUUGAUACCAGAGCUUGGGUUGACACCAGCAGGUGUUGCAGUCGCGUUCCGCCUCACCCGUACGGCGGGGGGGGCAGCAGCACCGACCUAGGCCGAUGUGCAUGUGUCGCCUACUCAUUAAUACGUUGCAGUCACCGGUUGCGGUUUCAACAAUUGAACAUGAAAAGAGUGUACUCAUUCGCAAGAGCU